AUGAGCAUUCCUUUCCCGUCAUGGAACGAACAACAGAGUCUAUUCAUGCUAUCAAGUGUUGAUUCUGAGACAUGCAAUCAGCUAAGCUUGGACAACCCGCUACCCGCUCUUCAGAGGCCCGAGUCAGAGGCCAGCACCAAAAAGAUGGCAAUUCCACGACUCGCCGAAGGAGCAGAGUCAGCCUUCACCUCACCUGGUAGAUUUCACCGUCGGCAUGUACGUCGAGCAUGCGAAAGUUGUCGACAGAGAAAGACCAAAUGCACUGGCGACAAGUCCGGGUGUCGCAACUGUCGCGAGGCUGGCAUCAUUUGCUGCUAUACCGAUGGUAAAAGAGAGAAAUCGAAACGGCAGCUGGCCAGUCUGUCAUCCAAAGUGCAGGCCUACGAAGAUAUCAUCAGAAAACUGAGCAAUCGCUUCGGGGUCUCUGAUGAGCAGCUUGUUAACAUUGCCUUGGUAGCGGAAUCCGCUCCUGAUCUGGCGCUAAAUGCCGAUGCCAGCCUGGUCACUACGGGCGAGAGAAACCAGGGCUCAGGCUCGGAACCACCACCAGAUCGAUCUUCAUCGCCCAGUGCAUUUGACGGCGUUGUUCAUACAGAAGAAGACUUCAACAGAGACGAGACCGCCCGGGCAACUGGUUUCAUUGGUAGAAGCUCGGAAAUUUCCUGGCUUCAGAAGCUAAGUAAAGAGAUCAACAACGAGUGCGAGGAUUGGUCCUCGACCAAGUCCAACGAGGACGAUGGUAACGGUUUACCCUCUCCAACAUUGACGCCCCUACCCGAAAAGCCUAGUGAUCCAUUAGUGGCUUCUUCUAAUUACUACAUCGACGAUUUAGAUGCUCCAAAGAAAGAGCAGGUUGAUGCAUUUGGAGUACCUUCGCGGGACACGGCAACUAAACUGCUCAAUGCCUAUCUGACCUCGGUGCAUCCGUCCUUCCCAAUCAUUGGCAUCUCCACCUUCAUUUCGCAGUUCCAAGUCUUCUUCAGCCAGCCAUCUCUCAAGCCAGGGAACAAGUGGCUGGCCAUUCUCAAUUUGAUUUUCGCCAUUGCAUCGAAGUAUGGACAGUUGACCGAUGCAGAGUGGAAAGAUGGCGAAGAUGAGCAUCAAAUGUAUUUUUCCCGGGCAAGAAGUCUCAGCCUGGAAUAUCAGCUUCUACAUCAUCCUGAUUUACAGCAACUUCAGGUUGAGGGACUUGCUUGCUUCUACUUGAUUGCAUCUGGCCAUAUCAAUCGAGCCUGGAAGUUGUCUGGCAGUGCUGUCAGAGGGGCAUUAGGCCUCGGUCUUCAUCUCCAAAACGUGGGUGUAUGCACAUCUGAUACCUCGAAGGAAAUUCGAUAUCGCGUCUGGUGGUCACUCUACAAUAUCGAGCACCUCCUCGGUGUCAUGACGGGGCGUCCGUCCUGCAUCAUCGACAGCUCUUGCACUACACCUCUUCCAGUCCCAUUCGAUGAAAGUGACUUUCAAAAAGAAGAAGUUGCCCAGCUCAUCAGUGUUGCUGGACGAGGUACAUCGAGUCCCUUGGAUCGCAUGUCAUUCAGCAGCAGCGCGGCCAACCUGGAUUCUACCGCAGACUCAGACACAAACGACACCCCAGCUGAAAGCGAUACAAAGAGGAGCCGGGCUGAGUACCUGAGGAGUCUCCCACCGUGCAUGUCACUCUACUUCUUGCAGAUGACUUCACUGACCACCAUCGCCAAGCGAAUGACGACCAAGCUCUACAGUCCAGAGGCACUGCAGUCUCCAUGGGCGAGCAUCGAAUUCACGAUCCAGAGUCUCAUGCUUGGAAUUGAUUCAUGGUUCAUGAAUCUUCCCUCGGCAUACGACUUUACUUCCACACAGACUUCUCAAUGCCCCGUUGGACAGCGAAUGGGGCUUGCGUUUUUGUUUUACAGUACCAAAAUUGGAAUCACCCGCCCGUGUCUCCGUCGCCUUGACACGUCUCCUCCAGAGGAUGACAAGACGCAUGAAUUCUGUAGCAAGACCGCUGCCGAGUGCGUUGAGUCUGCAUGCCAUAUGCUGACAUUGUUUCCGGACACUCCAGAUGCUGCUAUGUUGCAUAGGAUCUCUCCUUGGUGGUGCACACUGCACUAUCUAAUGCAAGCAACUACUGUGCUUCUACUGGAACUUGCAUUCCACUCCCAACAUGUUCCAGAGAAAGGAAACAUGGUUCUCAAAGCCGCCAAGAAGGCAAUCGACUGGCUCUCCGCAUUAUCCAAGACAAACAUGGCGUCCGAGAGAGCUUGGAAACUAUGCGAUGGAUUCUUGCGCCGUCUCGCACCCCACAUCGGAAUUGAUAUCAACGAGCUGUCUGAUAAUGAAGGUUCGUCGAGUAACUUUCUCUUCGAUGCCCCAGACGCUCUCCAUUCCACUGAAACUGGAGAUGAUCAAAUUAUCGACAAUCUCUCGUUCGAUCGAUCGUCGAGCUUGCCUGCAGUUCCCGAAACUACGGCGGAUUCCCUUGCUGCUGAGAUGGACUCCAUUGCUUGUUCGCCGACGAAGCAACCCAUGAGCCCUCUCGAUAUGUCGGUGCCUUACAAUAUCGAAGCACCUGAUCUACUGGACACAUUGACCAAGCCGGAAACCUCUCUCUCGGGCCAACUACCCUACGACGAGUUGUUCCCCUAUGAUCCAGCGACUGGUCAGAUUACUGGGUCAUUCUUCCCGUCCGGGCCAAAUAUAGAUCUUGAUAUGGGGUAUUUCUGGGGCGAUGCUGUGUGUUGA